UUCCUUCCUCACCUUCCAUUUCUCCUUCAUCGUUCACAAAAAAAUGGCAAAAUUCGUUCUUGCAAUAGUGAUUCUCUGCUUUCUUUCUAUCAAAGCCAAUGCCUUUGCUCCAUCUGGAUGGACUAAAGGUCAUGCUACAUUUUAUGGGGGCAGUGAUGCUUCAGGAACUAUGGGAGGAGCUUGUGGCUAUGGAAACUUGUAUGCAAGUGGGUAUGGAACAAGAACUGCUGCUCUAAGCACUGCACUGUUCAAUGAUGGAGCUUCGUGUGGACAGUGUUACAGGAUCAUCUGUGAUUAUAAUGCAGACUCUAGAUGGUGUAUUAAAGGAGCAUCUGUGACAGUCACCGCGACAAAUUUCUGCCCUCCUAAUUAUGCUCAGCCCAAUAACAAUGGAGGCUGGUGCAACCCUCCUCUUCAACACUUUGACAUGGCUCAGCCUGCAUGGCAAAAGAUUGGUAUUUAUCGAGGAGGGAUCGUCCCAGUUUUGUUCCAAAGGGUUCCUUGCAAAAAGCAUGGAGGAGUAAGAUUCAGCAUUAACGGGAGGGAUUACUUUGAGCUUGUGUUGAUAAGCAAUGUCGGAGGGGCUGGAUCAGUUCAGUCUGUGUUCAUCAAAGGGUCCAGAACUGAUUGGCUAGCUAUGUCAAGGAACUGGGGAGCUAAUUGGCAAUCCAAUGCAUAUCUGAAUAGCCAGUCCUUGUCUUUCAAGGUCACAACCACUGAUGGUGCCACUCGUGUGUUCACAAACAUUGCUCCAUCAAACUGGCGUUUUGGACAAACUUUCUCCAGUUCAGUACAGUUUUGAUUUAAGGGUUCAGGGAGUUUCUGAGUAUCAAGUUUAAAUUUGGCCGAGGCGUGUUCAAGUUACAGCAGCCCGCUAAUAUUCCAGAUCAACAGUUUUACAAAUCCCAGUGUAUUUUUGUCUCAAGCUAUCCAAAUACUGAUAUGUAUUUGUGCAUUUCUAUUUGUGUUGUAGCCUUGAAAAGCAUCUAUGAUGAGAACUCGUGUAAGAAUCCUAUCAAUAUCCUAUACCAUCUAUUCAAUAACCGUGUUACUAAAUUCUGAUCUGAGAUGCAAUUACGUACAAAUA